GAUAUCUGGAAGAACUUUAUAUUGUCCCAGGCCGGCCCGAUGUGGUCUCCGACUAUCGUACUAUCGUACUAUCGUCCCUUCCGCCUCUGUUUUCUUCGCGUCCAUUUUUUGUCUCGGCGUCCGCUUCUCCUUCUUUUCGAUCUUGCAAGUGAUCAAGAUGUCCAACAUGGCGACCAACCUGAUUAGACGCUUUCGAGAAGGCAUUCCAGCCCCGCAUUUACAAGCAAAGGGCGCUGAAAAUGUCAAAGGAGAGGACAUGUGGUUGGACAAUGAUGAUGUCCGUCCUUUGAAGCUCGCGGACAGGACGUGGAACUUGUGGACUUAUCUCACUUUCUGGUUCUCGGCCACGGCAACUGUUUCGAACUGGUAUGCCGCAAGCAGUGCUCAGGCAUUGGGACUUAGCAUGUGGGAAUCUGUUGGUACGGCUUUUGGUGGUCAGGUCCUGAUUGCCAUUGUUAUCGUCUUCAAUGGACGCGCUGGAGCAAAAUAUCAUAUUGGGUAUCCGAUUCUCAAUCGAGCCUCGUUUGGUAUCUUUGGUGCUUGGUGGCCGACUUUCAAUCGAGCUGUUAUGGCGAUUGUGUGGAAUGGAGUCAAUGCUGUCCAGGGAGCUCAAUGUGUCUAUGUUAUGCUUCACGCUCUCACUCCUCACAUUGCUAAUAUCCCGAAUGUGAUGGGAAAGGGUUCCGCACUUGACUCCGGAGGCAUGAUAGGCUUUGCGGUGUUCUGGGUCUUGACUUGCUGCUUCUUGGUUAUUCCAGUGCCAAAGAUGCGUGGCCUCGUCUAUGCCAAAUUGCUCGUCUUCGUCGUCUCAGCCAUAGCGAUGUUGUCCUGGACCUUGCAUAAAGCAGGUGGUAUUGGUCCAGUAGCCAGCCAGCCAGGAACUGCAACCGGCUCAAAGCGAACCUGGCUACUCAUCCGCUUCUUCCUUCUUGGAGCAGCCAACUGUGCUACGUUCGCAAGCAAUGCCGCCGAUUUCCAGCGUUAUGCAACCAAACCCAACGAUGUGAUCCUCGGAAACAUAAUUGGAUUUCCACUCUCGAACCUCAUCGUCUCUAUUAUCGGCAAUCUUGUCGGAAGCAGUAGUCAAAUCGUGUUUGGGACUUUGAUUUGGUCGCCUUUGACCUAUCUCGAUAUGCUACAGACGUCUUCAUAUACAGCAGGCAAUCGAGCAGGAUGUUUCUUCAUUGCUGCUUGCUUUACCUAUUCGGCAAUCUUCUCUUCGAUAUUCGAAAAUUCGUUGCCAGCUGGAAACGACAUCGCGGCUCUCUUCCCAAAAUACCUGACCAUACGAAAAGGCUUCUUCAUCUGCGCAGUAGUCUCUUUCGCCAUCAACCCAUGGUAUCUCCUCGGAUCAGCCAGCAUAUUCAUCUCCUUCCUCGCAUCGUACCAGAUCUUCCUGUCAGCCAUCACUGGCGUGCUCCUCUGCCACUACUACAUCAUCUCCCGCGGUUACCUCGAGAUUCACGAUCUCUACACCUCCUGCCCUAAUGGCGCAUACCAUUACUUCCACGGCUGGAACUGGCGAGCAUACUUGGCCUACAUUGUCGGCAUCAUACCCAACUUCUACGGCUUCCUAAACAACAUGGGAGUGCACGCUCCGCUCGGUGUCACCAAGGCAUAUUAUUUCGCUUAUCCGAUCGGGCUGGCGGUUAGCUUCUUCACUUACUGGGCUGCUUGCUGGAUUAGUCCUCCUGCUUUGUGGUUCCCGUUGAGUGAGUGGCGUGAGCCGAAGGAUUAUGUGCGACCGGAAGAGCAAGUGACGUUUGAGAUUUUGGAUUGGCAUUUCGGUACGGAGAGAGAGAAUGUUAGCGGCGGGGUUGCUGAGAAGGGAUUAAGCGAGAAAGGGGUCAACGUCGCCGAUAAGACAGAUGAAGUAUUGGGCUAGUAGUCGACGUACAUUAGCUCCUCCUUCGAUUAUAUGACUCAACGUGCACUAUGGCUUGCUUCCAGUCUAUUUUGACUUUUCGCCCA